AUGGGUGAUAACAACGAAGAAACCAGCCUUACUGAUGUCGUGGUGGCUCAGCCCGCCCUUGCUGAUCAGAAUGAACUGAUCAUACAGUUGAUGCAACAAAUUGCUGAGAUGAGGGUUGAGAUGAAGAGGAAACAAGAUUUGCCUCCUCCAAUUUUUGCUGUCAAUGCUCAACCAGACGGAAGACCGCUAGCUCAAAUUCCCAUUCCUGACAUGGAACAAGCUCAAAACCAGCCUUCAAGUCCUGCUCCCAGUCAAAAUGCCCAAAGUCCCUCUAUUGCUCCACCACUACCACAAAAAACCACUUUCCAAAUACCGGUCCCUAACGAGCAUGACCCCUAUGGUUCGGAGCUCGACCACUAUGAGGAGAGGGAGAGAGAGUGGAGGUCAAAGGAAGAGACCGCCAAGAUAGAUGCGAAAGAGGAAAUUAGAAAAGCCCUGAAGGAGUUGAACUGCAUUCCUGAGGUCGCCGGGUUGAGUUACGAAGACAUGUGCAUUCAUCCGAAUUUGGACCUCCCGAAAGGGUUCAAGGUGCCAAAAUUUGACAUCUUCAGAGGAACGGGGAACCCCUUAGCACACCUGGGGGCCUACUGUGACCAACUCGUUGGAGUUGGAAAAGACGAAGCUUUGUUAAUGCGGCUUUUUAGCCGAAGUCUGAGCGGAGAGGCUCUAGAGUGGUUUACGUCUCAUGAAACGAGACAAUGGUCUAGUUGGAACGCUCUGGCUAAGGACUUCAUCGAAAGAUUCGCCUACAAUGUGGAGAUUGUUCCUGAUCGCUACUCCUUGGAGAAGAUGAAGCAGAAGUCGACCGAAAGUUUUAGAGAAUUCGCAUAUAGGUGGCGAAAGGAGGUAGCUAGAGUGAGACCUCGUGAGACUAUCGAAGAUGGAUUGAGAACCGGGAAGAUUGCCCGUGUUGCUGCCUCACCCGGAUCUUCGGGCUUGUUGAAGAAGAAAAGAGAGGAUGUGUCCUCUAUCUCUUACGAGGGGAAGAAGACCCCAAGGAAAUCCUUAUCAUACCAAGCUCGUUCUCGACCUUCACAGGGUUCGUACCCGGCUCGUUUUGCACCAGAUGAGUACCAAAGUACCCCUCCCCCCAGUUAUCAAAAUACUCCUCCUCCUAGCUACCAAACUCCCCCUACUAUCUACCAAACUCCCCCUCCAGAUUACCAGACUCCAUCUCAUCACUACCGAAAUGCCGCCCCCAACUGUGCCAACAUUCAGACAAAUUACCAAACGCCUCCCCCAAUGUAUCAAACCCCAACUCCACUUUACCAAAAUACCCCCUCAAACCACCAAGCUCCACAACCAAGCUAUCAAACCAACUCAUAUCCCAGAUAUCAAGCCCCCCGUCCAAACAAUCCAGAUUAUUGUCAAAUGCCUCAUCCUCAACAAAGCAAUUACGAUCCCCCCCGUCCUAGAUUUGAGAAGAAGCCCGCCAGAAUUUUCACUCCGCUCAUUGAAAGCCAAACAAAGUUGCUCGAGCGAUUAACUGCGGCAGGAUAUAUUCAUCUAGUGGGGCUCAAGCCAGUUGACACUAGCUCAAAGUUUUACAGACCUGAUCAGAGGUGCGCGUAUCACUCCAGUAGCGUUGGACAUGAUACCGAGGACUGUAUUAACCUGAAACCUAAGAUCCAAGACCUGAUUGACCAAAAUGUGGUCUCUCUUCAGACAGUUGCGCCCAAUGUCAAUAGUAAUCCUUUGCCAAAUCAUAGAGGUGCUACUAUCAAUAUGAUAGAGACAGAUGAUGACUGGUGCGUGACGAAGGCAAUAGUUCCGAUUGCUCCUGAUGAACUGGAAAGGGCGGUAGCUUCGUUGAGCAUCAGAGAGAAGAAAGAGUUUGUGAUUUUGACACCCGAGAAGGUUGUUGCCUUGGUGCCACGAGAAGCUCUUACCCAACCAAAGUUUGUAAUUGAAACGGCUGUUACCCAGGGUAUGACCAGAUCCGUCAGGUGCUACACACCGGAAGAGUUAGCUCAAGGAGGGCAGAAAAAGGAUCAGACAAAAAGGCCGAUUAGUGAAGCUGAAGAGUUCUGGAGGAAAAUGUAG